AUGGAUAAAAGUUGGAUCCAUCUACCCACUGGUCAUCGUGAAUAUAUCGACGGUUGUAUGGAAUUUAUUGAGUUUGCCAAGCAAGAUCUAGUCGAAGUAAAAAUUAGAUGUCCAUGUAAGAACUGUAAGGUAGAGAAAUGUUUCUCCGUAAAUGAAGUGGAGAGGCAUAUUUUGUUUAAGGGAUUUUAUAAGCCAUAUAAGGAUUGGAUUUUUCAUGGUAAAGGGGAUACGUUUCAGCGUAUGUUUGAGAGAGAUGGAGGGAUUACUAGUGAAGGAUCCCUUGAUAACCAAAGUGGGUUUGUAGGUCGAGAUAAUAUGGGAGGGCUAUUAAGAUCAGCAUUUAGUGUUAAUAUGCCUCCCAAUUGCCCAAAUUUAGAAGCAAGAGAGGAUGAUGAAUGGAUUGAGGAGCCCGUGGCCUAUGACACAGAUGUAGAAUAUGAUUAUUCUACAAUAGAAGAAGAUGUGACAUAUAAGAAGUUGCUUGAAGCUUCUGAGGAGAAAUUAUACGAGGGGUGUAUCAAUUUUUCAAAGUUAUCUUUUCUGUUACACUUGUUUCACUUGAAGUGUAUAAAUCACUGGUCCAUAGAAUCUUUCAAUAUGUUGUUGAAGCUAAUUCUAGAUGCAUUUCCUCAAAUACUUGAUUUUCCCUCUUCUUAUUAUUACAGUAAGAAAAUGAUAAAAGACUUGGGCCUUGGGUAUGAAAAUAUUGAUGCUUGUCCAAAUAAUUGCAUGUUGUAUUGGGGUGAAUUUCUAAAGAAAGACAAGUGUCAUGUUUGUGGUACAUCGAGGUGGAAGAAAACUAAGGAUAGGGGCAACGUUGUAAGUGAUCAAGGUACGGAUACUUGUAAGAAAGGUGUGCCAGCUAAGGUAAUGCGAUAUUUCCCUCUUAUACCGAGACUAAAAAGAAUCUACAUGUCAUCAGAAACAGCAGAAGAUAUGAGAUGGCAUGAUACAGAGCGAUUGGGUGAAGAUGAUAAGAAGAUUUUAAGGCAUCCUUCAGAUGGCUUAGCAUGGAAGGCAUUUGAUGAGCGUCACAGUGAUUUUGCAUUAGACCCUCGUAGUGUUCGAUUAGAUCUUGCGAGUGAUGGUUUUAAUCCUUACCGUUUAAUGAACACCACUUAUAGUACGUGGCCAGUGAUGUUGAUUCCUUAUAAUCUUCCAGCAUGGUUAUGUAUGAAACCGUCUUCUUUCAUUCUGUCCACGCUUAUUCCUGGAAAAUCAAGUCCCGGAAAUGAUAUUGACGUGUAUCUGCAGCCAUUAGUGCAUGAAUUGAAAUUGCUGUGGACAGGGGUUGAAGCUUUUGAUGCUUUUGCCGGAGAGAAAUUUAAUUUGCGUGCGGCUUUGCUUUGGACUAUUAAUGACUUUCCCGGCUAUGCAAUGCUCUCUGGUUUGAGCACAAAAGGUUACAAUGCAUGUCCUAUAUGCUUAGAUUCCACGCCUUCUGAUAGAUUUGGGAGCAAGAUUUGCUAUUGUAGCUAUAGAAAAUGGUUACCUGCAGAUCACCCAUAUCGAUGUCAAGGUGACAAGUUUUGUGAGAAGUUUGGAACUAAUGAGUGGUGUAAACCUCCAUCUCGUCCUAGCGACACUGAUAUAUUGAGGCAGCAAGAAAAGGUGAAGCAUGUUUACGGAAAGUCGAAGGCACCACCGAAAAAGAGGCAAAGAGGACAUGAUGAUGAAGAUGAUGUCCAAGAUGAAAGUGACUUUGGUACCAAGAGAAGCAUAUUCUUUGAUUUGGUGUAUUGGGAGCAUAAUCUUCUAAGGCAUAAUUUAGAUGUGAUGCACAUUGAGAAAAACGUGUCUGAGAAUAUUUUGGGAACUCUUCUUAGUAUGGAUAAGAGUAGAGAUAGUAGGAAUGAUCGAGAAGCCCUUGAAGCAUAG